AGUUAGCUCAACAAGAAAACAGUUUCGAUCUUUCAACCGUGUGCUGAGACGCCAAUCGAACAUCCAUGGUCUUGGCUCAGAAAACUCAGGGCGGUGAGCCGGUGACUCAAUUCAAUUGCAUGCAAUUUGGCUACGGCGGAGCUAGACCGGCCAUCUUCGGUAUCCUUCUGUCGACAUGUAAUUAGCUAUAUAUACACGUUUGUAUAUAUGUUACCAUUCGAUUAAUGGAUAUCUGUACGAGCGAGAGGGUUGCUUGUUGGAUUAUGGUACUGUGGUAUGGUCGUUGUCAACUUUGAUUAUAACUUUCAUAUUGUCAAAAACUCCCAACCUAACUCGUAGAGAAAAGUAGUCUUCAAAUAUGAGAGAUCCCCAUAGCCAUAACAUCGAAGAUUUCAGACGUUUGACUUUCUGAGUUUCCAUAUCUUCACCGCCAAAAGCCAAAAAUUUCCAUAUUUAUAUAAAUAUUACGUCUCUUUCUUGUAAGGUUUCCAAGUCAAGCGGUCGAGCUAGCUGCCUCCCUGCAGAUGCUGGUUAUGGUGAUCUUAUUCAAAAAGGAAAACGAUGGGAAAUUUCUAUACAAUAUUCCGAGCUGGUAAAGGAAGAAGAUCAAAAUGUCAGAGAAAACCAGUGGAUUCUUUCAACAACCCCGCCGGUACUCAUGAAGGAAUAAAGACAGUGGGAGCGGAUAAUCUUUGCGACUUCUCUACAGAUUCUAACCUCUGCAUUUGCAUAGUAACGUGGAACAUGAAUGGAAAGGUUUCGUAUGAAGAUCUAGUCGAACUGGUUGGGAGCAACCGAAGGUUUGAUCUACUUGUGGUUGGUUUGCAAGAGGUGCCUCGAAACAAUCUUGCGAGAUUGUUGCAGGAUGCUCUAGUUGAAAGUCACGAGUUGUUAGGGAAGGCAAUUAUGCAGUCUCUGCAACUAUACGUGUUCGGACCAAAGAAUUCAGACCUGUUCACCAAAGAACUUAAGGUGGAUAAGCAUUCUGUUGGAGGCUGUGGGGGAAUAAUCAGGAGAAAGAAAGGGGCAGUAGCAAUCCGCAUCAACUACAAAGGAUUCCGAAUGGUGUUUAUCACUUGCCAUCUCUCUGCUCAUGCUCGGAAUGUAGAAGAGAGAAACUCACAGUGCAGGCACAUAUCACACUCUCUCUUCUCCAAGUAUUGGAACCCUUACGCCAGGCCAGCCCAGAUCACAGUAUGGUUGGGAGAUCUCAAUUACAGGCUACAAGGCAUCAAUACACAUCCAGCCAGAAACUUAAUACAAAGAAACCUUCACGGACUGCUCAAAAGCAAAGAUCAACUCCUGCAGGAGGCCGAAAGAGGGCAGAUUUUCAAUGGAUAUUGUGAGGGAACACUCACAUUCAAACCAACGUACAAGUACAAUAUAGGAAGCAGCAACUACGAUACAAGUUACAAGGUACGCGUUCCGUCAUGGACUGAUCGAAUCCUGUUUAAGAUCGAAGAUCCUGACAAAAUCAGCGCAAGUUUGCACUGUUACGAAUCGAUUGAUGACAUUUAUAGUUCUGACCAUAAGCCAGUGAGAGCCCAGCUUUGUCUCAAAGUCUGCAAAUAUUAGCUAGUAGUCACAACACCAACAGCAAAGUUCCUAGCGAAAGCAAAACAGAAAAUCCCACUACUUCUAUUUGAUCCUGUAAAUUUGCCCCA